AUGCCAAGGAGAGCUGCUGCUGGUGGACACAGGCCCAGCAUCAUCAACGGACUCGCUAGGACUAUGACAGGGGCAGCCUCUGGGACAGACCCUGCCUCUACACUGCCUUCUCUACGGGAAAUCCUGGAGCCCUUGAAGGAUGGGAAGAUAAAAUUUCCGACUCGGACGCUGCAGGAAAAGGUCCUGAGGUUAGGGUCAGCGGCAAGACCGUCCUGUGUCAGGUGGGGGAUCGUGCUGGCGUUGGUUGUGAUUUCCCUGCCAGGCCGGGGCUGUGGCCUGGCGUCAGCACACGACUCUUCCUAUGAGAUAGUCACCCCCACGAUUCUGACGGCGGAGCGGACGGGAGACCCCGGGGAAGAGGCUUCCUACGUGCUGGUUGUGCAGGGCCAGAAGCAGCUGAUUCACCUGACGGUGAAGAGAGACUAUUUUGUCAGUAACUUUCCUGUCUUCAGCUACCACAGUGGCAUCCUGGGGCAAGAAAUGCCUUCCGUCUCACGGGACUGCCACUACGAAGGCUACAUAGAAGGUGCCCCAGGUUCUUUUGUCUCUGUGAACACCUGUUCAGGCCUCAGGGGCAUCCUCAUCAAGGACGGGAAAGCCUAUGGCAUUGAGCCCAUGGAGCCUUCGCAAGGGCCUCAACAUGUGCUGUUCACCAUGGCACAGCAAACGCGAGUCUCCUGCGCCGUCACCUCCAAAGCCAGCCCAGGGGCGUCCGCCAGCUGGCAGCAAGGGGGCAGGAGGCCUCCCAGCCCGCACACGCUGUCCUCCCUGUGGUCACACACCAAGUACGUGGAGUUGUUUGUGGUGGUCAGCAACCAGCGGUUCCAGAUGUGGGGCAGUGACGUCAAUGAGACCGUGCGGAGAGUAAUGGACAUCAUUGCCCUGGCCAACAGCUUCACGAGGGGGAUAAACACAGAGGUGGUGCUGGCCGGGGUGGAGAUGUGGACCGAGGGCGACCUCGUAGAGGUGCCUGAGGACUUGGGAGUUGCACUCAGGAAUUUCAACAGCUGGAGACAAGAGGAGCUCUUCCCGCGUGUGAAGCAUGAUGUCGCCCACAUGCUCGCUGGCCGUCAGCCUGGACAGGCCACGGGGAGGGCAUUUCUCGGUGGUGCCUGCUCAAGUGAGUUUGCUGCAGCUGUGGAAUCCUUCCACCACGAAGAUGCCCUCCUGUCCGCUGCACUCCUGGUGCACGAGCUCGGGCACAACUUGGGUAUUGAGCACGACCACACGGCCUGCAUUUGCGGGGAUCAGCGCUUUUGCCUCAUGCAUGAAAACGUCACCAAAGAAAGUGCCUUCAGCAACUGCAGCUCUGACUACUAUUACCAGUUCCUGCACACACACAAAGCGGCCUGCCUGUUCAACAAGCCUCAGCACCAGGGCCGCAGACCCAGGGAUUAUCACUGUGGAAACGGCGUGCUGGACGAUGGGGAGCAGUGUGACUGUGGUCCUGACUGCAGCAGUCACGAGUGUUGCGACUCCACAUGUCGGCUGAAGACUGACGCCUUGUGUAGCCAGGGACUCUGCUGUUUUAAUUGUCUCUACAAACCCAAAGGAUACACCUGCCGUCCCGCUUUGGGAGAGUGUGACCUCCCAGAGUAUUGUGAUGGCACCUCUGAAGUGUGCCCAAACAACAUGUACAAGCAAGAUGGCACUCGGUGUGACAUGGUCCACUACUGUGUCGGGGGACAGUGCAGAAACCCUGACAGCCAGUGCGUGAACAUAUAUGGGAACGCGGCAAGGUCUGCCCCACAAGAGUGCUACACAGCUCUCAACAGCCAAGGGAACCGGUUUGGGAACUGUGGCCGUCCCCCUGCAGCUGACCAACCCUACGUCAAGUGUCUAGAUGACAACGUAUUUUGCGGGAAACUCGUAUGCACUGGAGUCAGAGAGCUACCGUCAAUCAAACCCCAGCACACAGUGAUUCAGGUUCCUUAUCUGGAAGACUUCUGCUGGAGCAUGGAUGCCUAUGGCACCACCGACAUCCCCGAUGACGGAGACGUGUACUCUGGCACUUACUGUGCUCCUAACAAAGUCUGCAUGAAUUCUGCCUGCAGAGAACACACCGUGCUCAACUAUGACUGUGAACCCGAGUUGAUGUGUAAUGGGAACGGGAUCUGCAACAACUUAAGGCACUGCCACUGUGACUAUGGCUAUGACCCUCCUGACUGCAAACAUCGAGGAUACGGGGGCAGUGUGGACAGUGGCCCUCCUGGCAUACCUGAUAAUUUAAAUGAAAGUACAAAUAGGAUUCCUAAGAGUUUUAAAAGCAUAGAGACUGAGGAUUAUGUUCGUCUAGCAAUUUACAUAAUCCCAGCAUUUCUUUUCAUAUUAGUUUGUCUUUUAUGCGUUUUCCUAUGCCUCAGGACUGGAGUUGAUACAGUAGAUGACACAGCCACACCCUCAGAGAUAAGCUCUGAGGAGACCAGUAGCACUGAAGAGCUACUACAGGAGAAAGAAGAGGAAGAAGAAGAAAGGACCACGACUAUAAUGAAAGAGCCAGGCCGUGACAAAGCCAGUGAGGCUGCGGAGAACCCGGAUUCCUCAUCCGCUGCUUGUGGACGUGUAAAACUGCUCAGCUACUUCAUAGCUCCCCACAAGGCUAACCUGGGAGUUAACAUGCGAACACAAAAUUCCACUCCUAAGGCUCUACCCAGAGGAAUGAAAACAUUGACCCAGGCAAAAACUGAGGUACUCCGUGUCCUCAGUGGCACUACUCACAACAGCCAAAAGGUGGGACGAGCCUAA